CAUCGAGAGGGGAAUGGCAUUCGGAUAGCGCGCCGUUUCCACCAAAUGUGAAGAGAUGGCGACUGCGGCUAUUCAGAGCAAUCAUACCUCCGCUUGUCCUUUAAAAGGGAUGCGACUUUCAUUUUCCAUUCUCCUCCCUCAUAAACAGCAAUGCCACCACCAAAAUCCAUCUUCGAAGUUCCUAAGCUGACUGAAGCGGUCGCGGAAUACCUGACACCAUACUCGAUAGCCCAAUGCGUCCGUGUCAGUAGGAACUUGCGCCUUCGUUUCGCCCCGCUGCUGUAUCAAAGACUUGCGAUUCAAGAACCCAUGGAAUACAGCACAGACAAAGAGUACGACGUUGCCGUCCGCCGCAUCGAAUCACUCGCUUAUAUCGACUCCGACUUCGCCAAGGCUCUGAGGCGACACUUGCAGGAUAUUCAGGACCUCACGGUAACUGUAUUUGCGGAGGAGAUCCUGAACACCGUCCUUGCUGAAACGGAACCAAGUGCGGCCGACAAUGACUCGACUACGACAUCUACAGAGGCGGCAACAACGACGGAGCCGACCACUUCAACGACAACAGACGCGACGCCGAGCGUCGCAAUAUCAUGCAAGAACCUGAGGCGGCUCGAAAUAUAUGUGGGCCCCGAAGAUGGAGGGAGCCGUUCUUGGAUCACCGGUUCUUCCUCUCCCAACCUCCAAAUCCUGACACUCUUGGACAUGAACCCUAAUCUUUCUGUGCUUAGUCUUCCUGCGGCUAUCCUCAAAUCGUCGACAGCGUGCGAGAGGCUAUUUAAAUCUCUUCAGACAUGUUUACCUCGACUCGAGAAGUUGACGCUCGUGGGCGAUGACGAGGAUCCGAUGCCACGGAUGCCGGCAAUGGAACUGAUCUGGAGGUGCCUGUGUUCGCGAUCGCUUCAGGAAUUGGAGUGCUAUUUCGAGAUGAGCACUGCUGAUCAUCUGGGCGAGAGCUCCGCACUGAGCAAGAUGAUAGUGAGGAUCCGACAGGACGGGCAAUUGAUCUCAGCCGAGUCUCGCCUAAGGACAUUGGUCGUGCCGCAGCACCUGCCUCUCAAUCACUACACCCGAAUCAUACUGAGCUCACCCCGCACAUUGACCAAACUAAGAAUCCCCUGGGUUUCACACGAAACCGCGACAAAGUUCGUGGACAUCAUUCACACCCGGAGCCUCAAUAUUCGACAUAUAUUUGGAGGCAAUACAGGGAAUCAUCUUUCAUGGCCGAUGUCGAAUACAGUCGCUGCCUUCUUGCGGGCCUGUAAGGGACCCAGCGUCGGAAGCGGUCUCAGGGUGUAUCAUGCUUCAUACCUCCUUUGCCAUACACCGAUUGUGGACGCGCUUUUAGAACACCACGGGACCCUGGAGGAGAUCGUGAUUCCAUUGACGGGCUAUAUUAGCAGCAACAGCAUCCAGAGACUGCUGAGUGCCUGUGGGCAGCUGACGAAGUUUGGUCUGCAGAUCGGCGGGAAGAAUGUAUGUGAAACGAGGCUGUCGUACGCAGACAUGUUGCAAACGUCCUGGGUAUGCACGAAUCUUCGAGUCCUCCGCCUAACGCUCUCCAGUAACGUUGACCGGGCAUGCCGUGAUGAGGACGACGAGUCGCUGAUGCGGGAGUGCCUGGACGGGAUGUACUCACGGAUUGGGGCGAUGAGAAACCUUGUAGAGUUGGGACUUGAUAUCGAUCCGAAAUUCCGACGGCACGACGGAGAGGGGAGCGUUAAUUUAUUCUCGACGAGUAUGACGAUCGAUCUGGCGCUAAGGCACCUUCAAGGACUGAAGAAACUGCGGCGACUGGCGAUUACAAAGCGGCUCUGGGCAGGAAUGGGACGCGAGGAGUGCGAGUUUAUGAAACGAGAGUGGCCAAAGUUGCAGGAGAUCGAGUUUAUCGUUUCUGAACCGCAGGACUACUACCGCGAGUGCAAGCAGGAUCAUUGGAGGUGGUUGCAACAGCAGCGACCAGGGCUGCAGCUCAUAAGCGAGAAUAUAAACCAUCCCAGCUGAGAUGGACUUCAACAGCCAUUUUUGCACAUCCUCGUCAAAAUGAAUGGCAUCAUAAGUGAAAUAUACUUUCAUGUGACACUGAGCUUGUGGAUGUUUUGCAAAAUGGGUCAGUGCGGAAAGCGAGCAUUACGGACUAUCCUUGAACAACAGCAACUAAAAAAAAAAAAGUCAA